GUCCACUGUCUCUACAUGCUCAUCCAGGAGGAGUGAAUGCUGCAAGUCACUCACUGGAUGCAAUCUGCUGGGUUUCCUAACCUGUCUGUAUCUCACCUGUCCGUAAGGCAGCUUAGUUUUUGUAUUCAGUGCUGAUUAUUUUUGUUCACCUUUUUAAAUGAAGCUUAUGAGCAGUCAGAGAGUUUGGUGUGUUUGAGCUUCAGCCAGCAGAGAUUCAAUAACAGAGCUUGAUGACACUACAGCUAAUGAAACUUAAGAUUCAGUUUUAGUUCAACUCCCAGACCCAUUGCUUCGUCUCUGAACAAGAACCCGACCUGUAAAAUACAAGAUCUUGAUUUUACAGUUUGACAGGUCAGCAGCUCCUUGAGUGCUCCAACGUUUUGGCUUCAGUCUAGUGAAAAGAAACAGCUGACCCUCAAAGUCUCCAGUCACCUCAUAUCAGCAACUACAGUUUGUCCUGAAGUGACCUGCUGCUGUCCCUCUGGACAUUUAAAGGGAAACACUCACAACUGUUGUAUCUAACAUGGCCAUGUCUGAGAUCAACCUGGAGGACUUCAGUGUUUAUGGUCACCUGACUGACGAAGAGUUGCUCCAGAUCGCUGUGGAGAGAAGCCUGUCAGACAAACAUCACUUACCAGACUUUGAUCAGAGGGCAGCCUCAUUGUCAACAUCCACUGAUCCACCUCCAGAACCCAGACCCUGUAAUACGGAUCCCCCCACACAGCUGCCUCUAUCCCAACCUCCACAACCAGUACAUGUCCAAAACUGUGCAAACCCCCCAACUGCUCUUCUCUACAAGGUCAUCAAGAGAAAGUUCAGUCCUCUACAGACAAUCAUUAUGGACGGAGAUACAGAGGCUUUAAUGGAUUUGGUUCGGAAAAGGUCCAGCAGUCUGACUGAGGCCAAUGAUGAAGGCUGGAUCGCUCUUCAUGAAGCUGCCUUUUAUGGUCAGCUUCAAUGUGUCCGGAUUCUGGUCAGAGCUGACCCCAGCUCAGUGAACAGGUGUACCCUGAAGACUGAAACUGCUCUGAUGCUUGCUGCUUCUCGAGGAAAUGCUUCCUGUCUCGAUUUUCUUCUGAAGCAUGGAGCCAACGUGAACACUGCCAACAAGGUCCGAGAGACUCCGCUGUUUGCAGCCUGUGAACAUCCAAACGAAGAGGUUGUAGAGCUGCUGCUCAGGUAUGGAGCUCAGGUGAAUCUCACCUGCACUCAGGGUGAUAGUCCUCUUCAUGAAGCCUGCCGACAUGGAUGUUUGAGGCUCUGCAGCAUAUUACUGGAUGCUGGAGCAGAUCUGAAGGUGAAGAACAUCUAUAACAUUCAGCCGUUGUUCAGAACUGCACAGUCUGGAAAUGCAGAAGCCCUGCAGCUGCUUGCUCAGAGAGGUGCAGAUAUUAAUGGACAGGCAGGAGAUGGAGCUACACCACUGUAUGAAGCCAGUAAGAACGGCCACAUCUCAGUGGUGCAGGCACUCCUCGCCCUGAAAGCUGACGCUAACCGAGCCACCAAGUCUGGCUUGCUACCACUUCAUGUGGCUGUGAAAAACAACCACAAACGAAUCGUAUCCUUGCUAAUCCCGCUCACCAGCAGGGUCAGAAUCCAAAACUGUGGCAUCAGUCCCCUGCACAUCGCUGCAGACAAGAGCAGGGAUGAAAUCCUGGAGCUGCUGAUCAAGUCGGGCUUCAGUGUAAAUGCUGAGCUGUCGGAUGAGCAUUCCAAGAUGUAUGAGGACAGGAGGAGAACAGCUCUCUACUUUUCUGUCUCUAAUGGAAACCUGGAAGCUGCUGAGAUGCUGCUAGAAGCCGGAGCAAACCCCAACCUGGACAUCUUCAACCCACUUCUGAUUGCUGUCCGGCUCAGUUGGAUGGACAUGGCAGAGCUGCUGGUGAGGUACGGUGCUGAUGUCAACACUCAGAUGUCCACUCAGCCAUCUUCAUUCCCGUCGGCCAUCCUGCUCAGCAUGGAGUCUCUUCCCAUUCUCAAACUGCUGCUGGACAACGGGUGUGACGCUAACCUCUGCUUCCAGUGUGUGUAUGGCCUCAAACCGCAUCCAGUCCCCGCUCCGUCACUGCGUCCCGUUGAAGAACUGCAGUUCAACCAGCACUCCCAGCCACAGCGCUGCAUACAGUACUGCGAGGCCAUUUACAUCUCAUCUCUCUCCCGGAUAUCUGGUCCCAUCAUCUCUAUGCUGCUGGACUACGUCGGCCAUGCCCGUCUCUGUUCUCGACUUCUGGAGAUUCUGGAGAGUUGCAGCGACUGGGCGUCCAUCAAACUGAAAGCUGUUCCUCCUCAUCCUCUGAUGCAGCUCUGCAGACUGACGAUCCGGAGUCAGCUCGGAGUGAAGAGAAUCAAACUGCUCCACAACCUUCCACUUCCUGUCCGGCUCAUCCGCUUCCUUCGUUAUGAUGUGCUCUGUUCACUUACCUGAGGUCAGCUGAUGCACCUGAAGGAACACCUGUCCCUGUCAUGCUUGAACCUCAGCCUGGACAGGAGAGUCUCCAUUGCAGAGCUAAAAUAAAUAUGCCGGAACAAACUGGAUAAACUGUAAAGGAGGAGCUGAAGCAUUUUUAGGGUUGUGGUUCUGCAGACCUUUACCACAACCAGUUCCAGCCCACUUUCUGUUUUUUGGCAAAGGCCACCAGAAUUUUUGUUUGAUUUCCCGUGUUCACGUGGCAGUGCUCUCUAACGAGGUUUAAAAGGGAAAGAGAAACAGGCCUACAGCAUCAGAGAUCGUCCACCAUACUUGACAAUGGGCAUGAGGAGCUUUUCCAGAUAUUUUGUUUGUUGCUGAUACUGGUCAAUAAAAACAACUACAUUAUUCAA